UCCCCAGUCAUAGGCGGCGCAGCAAGAUGAAGAUUCUUAUUGCAGAACAAAUGUUGUUAUUGCUAAAAUGUUCAAGUUUUGUAGUCGUAAAGUGUGCUUAGCAGUACCCUUUGUUUAGAUAGUUAUUGACGAAGGGUGAAUUCACGCCAUGCGAGAGUUGGCUGUGUGUACGAAACACGUCUUUGCACUGACUGCCGUUCACGUCUUUUAAAGAUGGAGCUCAGCCUAGAUGUGUUUAAGCGGUAGAAAAAAUAUGGUCUCUCUUUAAUGAUUUUGACACAUUGUCAUGACCAGCAACGUUUUGCUUGCGGCUGCGAGUGAAUACUUAGAACUAGAGCAGGAGAGGCAGGAUGAAAAAGUAACUAGUGUAUUCGACAGUUAGCGUUUUAUUAGUGGCCAAGUAUGAGAAAAUAACUCGGACGAAUCUAAAGUUCGAUUCCUUCUGAUGUAGGCAACGGAGUCGAAUGUACUGAUUCAUGUUAAAGAAUUGAACUUCCCAACAGUAUUAAAUGUGAACAUGUUCUUACUGUAAUGACAGAAGACGGCUCAUUCGUUUAAGAAAUAUUGUGCUCAUGGCUAGUUCCGCCUAUUUCGGCUUAUCAUUGGAUGCCGAAGUUAAUCACUACCAUCGUAUUGGUAGAUAACUGGGAGAAUAAAUACAAUUAACAAGAAAACCGUAGCUUUUAUGACCUUACCCGGAGCACAGUAGCAGACGGUGAAAAACCGGAGGUACCCCUGUAAUCGAUCCUCUCGGGAGAAGCUAUCAUAGUUCAGAACGUUGCACGGAUAUGUUGAAGACGAUAUUCGGCAAGAAUGGGACUGAGACUCCAGAGCCAGUCAGAGCUGACAUUGAAGGCUCUGUCCCUGACUGGCUACAAGGGACCCUGUUGCGCAAUGGCCCUGGCCUUUUCUCUAUCGGAGACAAAACCUACAACCACUGGUUUGAUGGGAUGGCGCUGAUCCACAGUUACACCUUCAAAGACGGUGAAGUCUUCUAUCGGAGUAAGUUCCUCCGCAGUAAGACAUACAAAAAGAAUACUGCAGCCAACAGGAUUGUUGUGUCUGAAUUUGGGACCAUGAUCUACCCAGACCCCUGCAAAAACAUCUUCUCAAAAAUGUUCACACAUCUGUGCAAUGCAAUUCCUGACUUCACAGACAAUAACCUUAUAAACAUCAUAAGGUAUGGUGAGGACUACUAUGCCUCAGCUGAAGUAAAUUACAUCAAUCAGAUUGACCCUGAGACCCUGGACACUGUGGGAAGGGCUAAUUACAGAAACUACAUUGCGUUGAACCUUGCAACUGCCCACCCUCACUAUGAUGAGCAUGGAAACACCUACAACAUGGGCACGUCUAUCAUGAGUUUCGGAGGUCCCAAGUAUGUUAUCUUCAAGGUCCCCGCUAAUGCCUCAGGUCAGAAGGGGAAUUUGGCCUUGAAGAACGUUAAGCAAGUGUGCUCUGUACCCUGCCGGUCCAGCCUGUUCCCCAGUUACUUCCACAGCUUCGGCAUGACAGAGAACUACAUCAUCUUCAUCGAGCAGCCUUUUAAACUAGACAUGCUCAAACUGGCCACCGCCUACUUCCGAGGGAUCAACUGGGGCACCUGCCUCAAGUAUGACCAAGACGAUGAGACGCUGAUCCACCUGAUCAACAGAACUACCGGUAAGGCCUUCUCCACCAAGUUCUAUACGGACGCACUGGUAGUGUUCCACCACAUCAAUGCUUACGAGGACGAAGGCCACGUGGUCUUCGACAUGAUCACGUACAAGGACAGCAACCUGUAUGACAUGUUCUACCUGCAAAACAUGGGGCGUGAAGCUGAGGAUUUCACCAAAGCCAAUGAGAAAUGGUCUCCGCCCGUGUGCCAGAGAUUCGUCCUUCCCCUCGACAUUGAAAAGGACGCACCAGUGGGCUCUAAUUUGGUGAAACUCAAUGACACAACAGCCACAGCAGUGUUGCAGAAGGACAAAUCUGUCUACUGCCAGCCUGACACGUUAUUAGUCGGACUGGAGUUACCUGGGAUUAAUUACAAAUUCAACAGCAGAAAGUACCGCUACUUUUAUGGCUCGAGGGUGGAGUGGUCACCACACCCAAAUAAGAUUGGAAAAUUGGACAUUGUGACAAGGCAGUGUGUGGAGUGGACUGAGGAGGAGUGCUAUCCCUCCGAGCCUGUCUUUGUGGCUUCACCAGGUGCUGUGGAGGAAGAUGAUGGGGUCAUUCUGUCCUCCGUCGUCUCACUCAAUCCCGAGAAACCGCCCUUCAUGUUGGUGCUCGAUGCGAAGAGUUUCACAGAGUUGGCGCGAGCUAAGAUCAGCUCCACCGUACACAUGGACCUACACGGGCUCUUUGUUCCUCGACAAGACCCUCAAUAAGGUGGCGGUCGAUGUCACCUGCUGAGAUGUUGUGACCAUUUUGCUUCAAAGAACAUGGUCACAACAUUUCAGCAGUGGUUGUUGUUACCUGCUGAAAUGUUGUGACCAUUUUGUUUAAAACAAGUAUUAAACAUUGUUUGUGCAAAGUAACUGUUCAAAAGUACUUGAAUACCUUCGGAUCCCAGGACGCAAUUGUUGCGAAACUAUUUUGAAAACACAUUCCAGAAAGCAGCUGUGUGUUUAACUGUAUUUGAUUGCAACAUAGACAAAUAUUUAAAUAAUUACAAAGUAGUUGCAAUACAUUCGACUACUGUAAACGGAAUUUUAGCAUACAGCAGGUGAAUAAUUAACCUGAAGUCAAAGGAGGUUUAACCAUCUUUUUUAUGUUUCUGCUCCUCAUUUGUGAUCUUCCUCAGUCAUCAUGUAUUAAUUUAACUGUUUUGGAUCUUCUAUGUUUAUAUUGAAUAUAAAUGUAGUUUAAAACAUUCAAACUUAUUUUAACUUAUCAAUAUUCAUACUUUCAAUAAUACGUUUUUUGUGAGAUUUCUUUAAAAUACUUUUAAAAUAUAUUUGUUUAGUGGGAUAAAUAUUUGAGUAGUGUCAGACAUGUGAUUCACCAUUUGGCCAUUCUCAGCUAUAGGAAGCUUCAAAGUGCUCAGCCAGCAUAGCCAGAAGAGAAGAAGCAGGAACUGGGGGAGUUGCAAUUUCAGGUGUGUCUGUGUCUGUGUAUGUGUGUCUGUGUGUAGAGUGUGUGUGUGUGUGUGUCAGAGGAGGUGUCUAUCCCCCUCUUUUCUUUCACUAGAUAAAAUAUGUGGCUUUCCUUUAGUUAGCAGGGCAACCUGUAAAGAAGUUUGUAACUGUUAGUCGGAAGUGGGCAUCUGAGUCCUGCAUCUAGGACUGGCUUUCUGCAUUUGACCUCUGGUUAUUUUGUAAUAUUCUGCUGUCUUUUAGUUUUUGAAUUUUGUAUUUCUUUGGGACAAAUAAGCUGUGGUCUUCUUUCAUUAAUUUCUUGUGUGACUAUCCAUGUCUGUAACCUUUAUGAAUUGUUUUAAGGUAGUUGAACCUCGUCUUUAGAUUAGACGUGAAUAUUUGUCGUAACUUUAUAAAUUUCUUAAUUUUCA